AUGGAUCCCGACCUCGAGGUCCAGUCCAUUUUGACUCGGUUCAGACAUCUGGACAAAUUGCAUCGCCGAGUCGCAUAUCAUGGCAUCCUCGACCAGCUUCGUUCGGAUGAAUGGCGCGAGGUCAAACAUCGCAUUGACCCUCAAACAUUUCAAUGUGAUCUACUGGGCAAACUCCCUAUUGAGAUCGUCGCGCUCGUUGCCGAGUACAUGAACCUGACCGAUCUUAUCCUGCACCAGAGGGUUUCCAAACGAUGGCACCGAGUACUUUCGUCCCCGCUGGUCUAUCGUGCUGCAGUCCAUGCAACUAUUGGGGCAGAUACACUGGCAGGCACCCACCCAGGCUAUAUCAAAUGCAUCAAGAAGAGACUUCGAUUGGAGCGAGGACAGCCAGCAGCCACAGCGACCAUCCCAUCUCCCCUUUCGACAGAUUAUGAUGUGACCAUGUACACGCGUGGGGUGGGCUAUUCCCAUGGGGUCUAUGCCUGGAUCGACGGGCGGACCAGUCGAACAUCUAUCUCCCUCUUGCAUCUGUGGACCGGCAAGAAUGACCAUCUUACCACAGAGAACCGCGAACAACUGGUUGAGCUCCGGAUCGCCGAAACCUUGAUCGCUGCGGUCUCGGCACGAGGAUAUUGCCAUGUCUGGCACCUUCACACGCAAGAGCACAAAUCCUUCCGUAUUCCCUCAUCCCAUUAUCGACACUUUUUGGUUCAUGGAGUCAAGGUAGCUCUGGGGUACGAGGAUUACAUCGUCCAUUGGUGUUUCCAUUCGGGGUUUACUCGGCGCAUACCGACAGGAGCUCAAAUUCUCGCACUGGCGCUGCAUCCCCUGGAAGACCAGUUUACUGUCGUCAGGGAAGAGGCUCCCUACUACACUGCCACAGCUCCCCCGGGGCGUUGGAUGAAGACCGCACAAUAUUCAGUCAAUCCCCGGGAUGAGUUGGAUCGGAUUGAAUCAGAGUGCUUCAUGGAUCAAUUCUGUUAUGACUGGAUUGAACCAAUUUCCCAUGAACAAGAAGUCAUCCGUGGUCAGAGCAGUGCCCUGAUGCUCCGACCGGGAUUCUCUCACGAAAUUGCAUUUCCUUUCUUCUCAUUGGAACUAGCAGACGACCGUGUGGUAACCCAUCUCAUACCAAAUCUCCCAAGAAAGUUCUCGAAUUUGGUCUCCGUGAGCCAGGACAUAAUCUAUGCGCCCCAAAUAGCGGCUGGCACGCUGGCAAUUCUAGAUUCUCGACGGUUGAGCCCCUGCGGUUAUAAGCACUGCAUACAACGCAUGGUGGCAUGUCCUAAGGAUUGCUGCUGGGUAUUCGGGGAUAGCGAGUUCGUGGUCAUAGUCGGAUUCGAGACAGUGCAGAUAUGGAGUCUUGAUGAGACCUGGCAGGCAUCCGUGAUGGAGAAUUGGGGAUGA